ACUUAUUUUAAUUUGCCAAUUUGUAUUAAAAGUCACAAAAUGUUUUAUUUUUCAUUAAAAGAUUAAUUUGUUUAUGUUGUGCUUAGUUCUUUAGCUUGUAUAUAUUUAUCAAUUAUCUUCAGAUGAGGUUUCACUCUGAGGGGACUGAGUACUUUGUUUUCUGUGAGGAUUCUGGUCUUGCAUUUUGGUGCUUUUUGGGUUUUGUCACGUUGUGUUUUCCCCGUCAGUCUCAUCAGGCUCAGGUUAAUCUAAGCACCUGUCAAUCACCCUCAGUUAUUUACAUCUCUGGUUUUUCAGGUUAACUGCUCUGUCUUGCUCCCAUGUUGGUUCUCUGUGGUUUUGACAUGUUUAAGGUUUAGAAACUAAAAGUUUUAGUUUCUGCCUCCAAAACUGGUCCCCUGCAUUUUGGGGUCCUCCAGUUCCUGACAGUCUCUUUUAACAUCUUUUUAAUUCAUUUAGCAGUUUGUGUUGUGUAAAUGGAUUAUUCCAGGUUCAGUCGGGCCGACGUUGAAUUUUUAUAGAUUCUUAAAUUCACCAGAAACUUGAAUAAAUCUGAACAAAUCUGUGUAUUGACAGUUCUUUGUUCAAAUAGAACAAUAACCGAAGAAUAACUUGGGCUGCGUGGUGGUGUAGCGGUUAGCACUCGGUCCUCACCGUGAGAAGGUCCUGGUUCAAAACCAGCUGGGUUCUUUCUGUGUGGAGUUUGCAUGUUCUCUGCUUCUCUCCCUCAGUCCAUAAACAUUGUUCAUAGGAGACUUUAAAUUGUCAUGUAGUUGUUUGUUGUUGUUGCAGGAUAAAGUAUAACUAUGUAUGUUUUUGUAUAUUUGGUUGAACUUUAGUGAACAAAGAUUGACCCCUCCCUGAUGCUUUUCUGCUUCCAGCUGCAGACACACCACUACAGUUCACAUGAAACUUCUGAUAAACUAAUUAGAAUCAGAGCCUUCAUCUACAGCAGGGUUUGAACACAUUGAUUACUGAUCCACUCAGGGGGUCAUCCUAAGGGGCGGAGCUAGUCAUUGAUAGGGCAAAAAGGAUAAACUUGUGUCACUCUUGACUUCUUCAUGUCAGGUCCUUGAGAGAGACGUUGGUUUGGUCCAGCAUGCUGAAGGUCAACUUUGUCUCUGUGUAACCUAAGUUGUUGAAGGUGAAAUUUUACAUAUGAUUAAUAUUUACUUAUUGUUUCUUCAUUUUGUUGAGCUCCAUCUUCUCCUGACUAAAAGGCCAACACUGCAACAGUGUCUCUGUGUCUCUGCUGGACUGGAGGAACGUUCUGGUCCAACCCCGUCGUCAUCCGAGUGGGAAGGCUCCAGCAACCUGGGGGACAAACCUCUUUCCCACACGGAUUAAAAGUUAAACCACAUGGGGGGUGAAUAAAUUCACUCUCACGUGUUCUGACUGCUCUAUCAUUUCCUUCACUCAACAGGAAUGUGAAGUCAAACACAGAUGUCUUGACGUCAAAGUGUCUCUGCUGGAAGGCCGUCCAACAGGAAGUGAACAUGUUGUGUCGAGGUCACAUUCCUGACAGAGGACAAAGCCAGAAGAGUGAAUGUCUCCUCUGUUGGGAGAAGCUUCUGUUCUGGAACCAGUCCAACAUGAUCCAGUUUAUCAGGGAUUGUGUAAUCCAGGCUCUGAGCACUUUUCACCUGCAGCCUCACCGUAACUGUAGAGGAAACACUUAAAAUACGGAGAUUCUGAGGAUAAAAAUGACUAGAAGUCCUUCAUAUAAAUGACAGUUAGAGGACAGAUUAGUGGACACAUUUUUGGUGAGAAGAGUUUACAGGUGAGGCAGUGGCUCACCUGCCUCCCCUGACCACUCGUCCCUGCUGCGUCAUGUUUCAAUGAGGAACCGCUGAACCAAGCCAAACCCAAACUGGUCCACAACACGUCCACAUAGAAUUAGAAUUCAAACCGCCCAAUUGGACAGGAAACCUUCUAUCCUGGCAACACUGGUGCUCAGCAAGACAGCUGACGCACUGCAUGAUGGGAUUUAUAGUUAAUACUGUUGUGAUGGUCGGAGACACAGCAUGCUGCCAGAUCUGUCAGAACAAGGAAUUCCCUUUGCCUGUCUGGUCAGAUUGUGGUUUCAGUGUUUUUGUAGGUUUUGCAGUCUGCUGUUUUACUCUGUUAGUUAUUAUAUCCAGUUGUUUUUAAUUCUUUCUGCACCAUGAGUGAGAAGGAGGGAGAGGAUGAUGUGAUGUCAAACGUUCUGAUCCACCAAUAAAGGCAGAGUCCAUUAUAAUGGAUUUCUCAACCUCCUGAAUGUAACUCAGCUACUGUAGUUUAGUAAUUAUGUUAUAUUGUCAUUCUUAUAUAUACCAGUACUUACUGAGGCUUCAGAUGGUGCUAAAUUACGAUAAUCUUUUUGAUAAAGUUUUGAUUUUUGGGAGUUUCACUUUAAAUCAAGUAUAGACAAACGUACAAAAGAUUUUCAUUUCCUCACUGACACCUUUAUUGUAAUGUAUCUGCACAUCUGAGUGACAGCAAAAUCAAAUAUUGUAGCACUGACUGAGUAUUGGACACAGAUGGGUAAAUGUAGGAGUCAAGCUAACAGCAUAUCAUAGCUAACAGUCAAACAUAGUGGUGGUAGUGUGAUGGUUUGGAGUAAAUGUAAAAUCAUGGAGGAAACAUUUUUACAACUGCACUCUAAAAGACCCUGUAACUAAAAGGCUGUUUGAAUUCAUUAUUUCAUUUCAAAAUCUUCUGACAUCAAUCAGGACAUUUAAUGAGUCUGUAAAACACCCCCUCUCCUGAUGACCCCACCACCCACACACAGGUAUCCCCAUGGAGAAUGACAGCUGAAGCUGACGGCUGUCAUGAUGAAGAUGAAGUUUGACCUCAGUAGGAAAGUGGAGGGGUUGAUGGUGUCUAAGAGAUGAAGAUAAUCUGACAGAUUAGUCGGGGAGAAAAACAACUGGAACAACAUUAUUCCUCACUGUUUCAUGUUUCUUUUGUUAAAAAAACUUCAUGAGUGCAGACAUGUUUAGCUCUUCAAGAGUCCCAGCAGAAAUCCAGCAGACCGUCACCAAUAAAGAAAAGUUCAUCUUUCACUGUUGUAAACAAACCUGAGAGUCUAACUCUGAACUAUUCUCAGAGCCUAAGCCCCUCCUCUGAACUAUUCUAAGAGCCUAAGCCCCUCCUCUGAACUAUUCUGAGAGCCUAAGCCCCGCCUCUGAACUAUUCUAAGAGCCUAAGCCCCUCCUCUGAACUAUUCUGAGAGCCUAAGCCCCUCCUCUGAACUAUUCUAAGACCCUAAGCCCCUCCUCUGAACUAUUCUGAGAGCCUAAGCCCCUCCUCUGAACUAUUCUCAGAGUCUAAGCCCCUCCUCUGCACUAUUCUCAGAGCCUAAGCCCCUCCUCUGAACUAUUCUCAGAGCCUAAGCCCCUCCUCUGAACUAUUCUCAGAGCCUAAGCCCCUCCUCUGAACUAUUCUAAGAGCCUAAGCCCCUCCUCUGAACUAUUCUAAGAGCCUAAGCCCCUCCUCUGAACUAUUCUAAGAGCCUAAGCCCCUCCUCUGAACUAUUCUAAGAGCCUAAGCCCCUCCUCUGAACUAUUCUAAGAGCCUAAGCCCCUCCUCUGAACUAUUCUAAGAGCCUAAGCCCCUCCUCUGAACUAUUCUAAGAGCCUAAGCCCCUCCUCUGAACUAUUCUAAGAGCCUAAGCCCCUCCUCUGAACUAUUCUAAGAGCCUAAGCCCCUCCUCUGAACUAUUCUAAGAGCCUAAGCCCCUCCUCUGAACUAUUCUAAGAGCCUAAGCCCCUCCUCUGAACUAUUCUAAGAGCCUAAGCCCCUCCUCUGAAGUAUUUUAAGGCCCAUUUCUAUUUUGAGCUCCUCUCCUAAAAAUAGCUCCUCCCUGACCUGGACUUUCCCCACAGCAGGUAUUUAGCAGCUCAGCGGCGAGCGGCUGCACACUCUCCUCUGCAGACGAGCAGACCAGCCUCCUCAGCUCCGUCACAGAGACGCUCCUACAGCUGAAGCACAAUGACGAACAGCAAGGUGUGCCUGGCAGCAGCUCUGUGCUCCCUCCUCUUCCUCUCCACCCUCCUCAGCAGCGCUCAGUCAGCCAGUUGCUGCGUGAGCUACAGCAGGCGCCGGCCGCCCUGCAAACUCAUUCUGGGCUACAGCAUCCAGACCAUCACCGGCUCCUGCGACCUGCACGCCGUCAUCUUCCACCUUCCGGGGAAGUUCCUGUGUGCCGAUCCCAGCAUGAAGUGGACCCAGAAGCUCCGCCUCUGUGUGGAGGAGAGGAAGAGAACGAGCGCCCAGGUCUUCAAGCUCUCUGCAGACUAGAGUCUGGAGGAAAACCAGCCCUUCUGCUCUGCAGGAAGCUCCAACACUGGGACUCUUCCCUAUUUCUGUUUUAUAAACAGAGACGUGUAGUGUUCUGAAAACACAGUUGGUCUGAAAGACUUCAUGAAGAGUUGCUGCUCUGCCAUCUCCAUGCUCCAAGAUCAACAACCAAGAACUUUGUUCUAAGAAGUGACUUUGAUGUUUGUGAAGUUUGAAUAAAGAAUCAUUUUAGUACAAA